AUGGCCUCAGAGCGAAGAUUUCCUGCUCGUAAGCCAAUAGAGAAGGAGGGUUUGUGCGAUAGCAAAUCUCCCUCGCUCAUAUCCAAAAGUUCUGGUACCCCCUACAACAGUGUUACUGGUAGUUCUGGUACCCCCUACAACAGUGUUACUGGCAGUUCUGGUACCCCCUAUAACAGUGUUACUGGUAGUUCUGGUACCCCCUACAACAGUGUUAUUGGUAGUUCUGGUACCCCCUACAACAGUGUUACUGGCAGUUCUGGUACCCCCUAUAACAGUGUUACUGGUAGUUCUGGUACCCCCUACAACAGUGUUAUUGGUAGUUCUGGUACCCCCUACAACAGUGUUACUGGCAGUUCUGGUACCCCCUACAACAGUGUUACUGGUAGUUCUGGUACCCCCUACAACAGUGUUACUGGUAGUUCUGGUACCCCCUACAACAGUGUUACUGGUAGUUCUGGUACCCCCUAUAACAGUGUUACUGGUAGUUCUGGUACCCCCUACAACAGUGUUCCUGGCAGUUCUGGUACCCCCUACAACAGUGUUACUGGUAGUUCUGGUACCCCCUACAACAGUGUUACUGGUAGUUCUGGUACCCCCUACAACAGUGUUACUGGCAGUUCUGGUACCCCCUACAACAGUGUUACUGGUAGUUCUGGUACCCCCUAUAACAGUGUUACUGGUAGUUCUGGUACCCCCUAUAACAGUGUUACUGGUAGUUCUGGUACCCCCUACAACAGUGUUACUGGUAGUUCUGGUACCCCCUACAACAGUGUUACUGGUAGUUCUGGUACCCCCUCCAACAGUGUUACUGGUAGUUCUGGUACCCCCUACAACAGUGUUACUGGCAGUUCUGGUACCCCCUAUAACAGUGUUACUGGCAGUUCUGGUACCCCCUACAACAGUGUUACUGGCAGUUCUGGUACCCCCUACAACAGUGUUACUGGUAGUUCUGGUACCCCCUAUAACAGUGUUACUAGCAGUUCUGGUACCCCCUACAACAGUGUUACCGGUAGUUCUGGUACCCCCUACAACAGUGUUACUAGCAGUUCUGGUACCCCCUAUAACAGUAUUACUGGCAGUUCUGGUACCCCCUACAACAGUGUUACUGGCAGUUCUGGUACCCCCUACAACAGUGUUACUGGUAGUUCUGGUACCCCCUACAACAGUGUUACUGGCAGUUCUGGUACCCCCUACAACAGUGUUACUGGUAGUUCUGGUACCCCCUACAACAGUGUUACUGGCAGUUCUGGUACCCCCUACAACAGUGUUACUGGUAGUUCUGGUACCCCCUACAACAGUGUUACUGGUAGUUCUGGUACCCCCUACAACAGUGUUACUGGUAGUUCUGGUACCCCCUACAACAGUGUUACUGGUAGUUCUGGUACCCCCUACAACAGUGUUACUGGCAGUUCUGGUACUUCCUACAACAGUGUUACUGGCAGUUCUGGUACCCCCUACAACAGUGUUACUGGUAGUUCUGGUACCCCCUACAACAGUGUUACUGGUAGUUCUGGUACCCCCUACAACAGUGUUACUGGUAGUUCUGGUACCCCCUACAACAGUGUUACUGGUAGUUCUGGUACCCCCUACAACAGUGUUACUGGCAGUUCUGGUACCCCCUACAACAGUGUUACUGGUAGUUCUGGUACCCCCUACAACAGUGUUACUGGUAGUUCUGGUACCCCCUACAACAGUGUUACUGGUAGUUCUGGUACCCCCUACAACAGUGUUAUUGGUAGUUCUGGUACCCCCUACAACAGUGUUAUUGGUAGUUCUGGUACCCCCUACAACAGUGUUAUUGGUAGUUCUGGUACCCCCUACAACAGUGUUAUUGGUAGUUCUGGUACCCCCUACAACAGUGUUACUAGUAGUUCUGGUACCCCCUACAACAGUGUUACUGGUAGUUCUGGUACCCCCUACAACAGUGUUACUGGUAGUUCUGGUACCCCCUACAACAGUGUUAUUGGUAGUUCUGGUACCCCCUAUAACAGUGUUACUGGUAGUUCUGGUACCCCCUACAACAGUGUUAUUGGUAGUUCUGGUACCCCCUACAACAGUGUUAUUGGUAGUUCGCGUUCUGGGAAAAGUUGUUCCAGUGUCCUGAGGAGUAAAAUAUUGAGGCAAAAGGAGAAGAGACAAGUCUUCCCCCGCCAGGGAACAGGUCGAGGGAUUUUGUCGGCGUGA